UCAGGGCUUCAUACAGGAAAUCUAUUGCUGUGUCAAGUUCCAGAGAAAAGCUUCUGUUCUCCCAAGUUACUAAUCAGGCUAAACCACAUAGACGUGAAGGAGGGAGCUUGAAAGAAGGGAGUGCCUCGCUGUUGAUGGGCUAAGAGGAUUCUGUACCGAGAAGUUGACCGGAAAGGGUCUCACCAUGCUCACAGCUGUUUCUGUACCUGUGUGGAGGAAAAUUACUGAGUGAAGGGCAAAAAGAGAGAAAACAGAAAUGCUCUGUCCUUGGAGAACUGCUAACCUAGGGCUACUGUUGAUUUUGACUGUCUUCUUAGUGACUGAAGCAGAGGGUGCUGCUCGACCAAACAACUCAUUAAUACUGCAGAAUAGCAAGGAGAAUCUCACUUUAGCCUCAAGCAGUUCAUGUAUGGAUGGAACACAGAUUACACAGAACAAUUCAGCACUUCCCACAGAAGUAAAUACUUCAUGGCCUAUACUGAUGGGUAAAAACGCUGUGCUUCAUUGCCCUCCUAUCGCAUUAAAAUGUUUGAUCAUAAUAACAUGGGAAAUAAUCCUGAGAGACCAGCCUUCCUGUAAAAAAGCCUACAGGAAAGGAACAAAUGAGACCAAGGAAACCAAUUGUACUGAUGAGAGAAUAACCUGGGUGUCUAGACCUGAUCAGAAUUCGGACCUUCAGAUUCAUCCAGUGGCCAUCACUCAUGACGGGUAUUACAGAUGCAUAAUGGGAGCGCCUGACGGGAAUUUCCAUCGUGGAUAUCACCUCCAAGUGUUAGUUACUCCUGAAGUGACCCUGUUUCAAAGCAGGAAUGGAACUGUAUGCAAGGCAGGUGCAGGGAAGCCAGCUGCACAGAUCUCCUGGAUCCCAGAGGGGGAUUGUGUCACUGAGCAAAAAUACUGGGACAAUGGCACAGUGACUGUUAAGAGUACAUGCCACUGGGAGGGCCACGAUGUGUCUACCGUGACGUGUCAUGUCUCCCAUUUGACUGGCAACAAGAGUCUGGACAUAGAGCUACCUCCUGUUGCAGGUGCCAAAAUAUCAGCAAAAUUAUAUAUUACAUAUAUCAUCCUUGCUAUUAUUUUGAUCAUCGUGGGAUUCAUUGUGUUAUUGAAAAUCAGUGGCUGCAGAAAAUAUAAAUGGAAUAAAACAGAAGCUACUCCAGUUGUUGAGGAGGAUGAAAUGCAGCCCUAUGCAAGCUACACCGAGAAAAACAAUCCUCUCUAUGAUACUACAAACAAGGUGAAGGUAUCUCAGGCAUUACAAAGUGAAGCUGGCACAAACCUCCAUGCUUUAUAAUUUGUUGGACUCUUGCACCAAACAACAACAACAACAAACAAGAUACAUUAUAAUUACUGUCUGAUUUUCUUACAGUUCCAGAAUGAAGACUUAUAUUGAAAUUAGGUUUUCCAAGGUUCUUGGAAUGUACAGAAGACAUUUUAAUGAAUUUUCAUUUAUACCCUUGUAUAAUUGGAAUUUUAGAUUCUUAGCUACCAGCUAGUUCUCUGAAGAACUGAUAUUACUUCAAAGAAAAUACAUGCUGAUGACCAAAUAUUCAAAUUUUGCAGGACAGUAAAUAAUGAAAACCAAAUUUCCUCCAGAAAUAACUGAAGAAGGAACAAUCAUGAACAGUUUCUUGUGUAUCCUUUCAGAAUAUUUUUAUGUACAUAUGACAUGUCUAUAUGCCUAUGGUAUAUGUGUCCAUUUAUAUGUCUAUUUAAAUAUACACACAGAUAUCUUUGCUAAGGCACCAGUGGGAAGAAUACACUGCAAUACUGUUCUAUACAUAUGAAAACCAAAUAAUAUAAGUCUUAGAGAUCAUUUUAUAUCAUGACAAGUAGAGCUACCUCAUUCUUUUUAAUGGCUAUAUAAAAUUCCAUUGUAUAGUUAUAUCGUUAUUUAAUUAAGCACAACUCUAAUGAUGGACAUUUAGAUUCUUUUAAGUUUUGUUUAUUUCUUUGAAGUUUUGUUUGUGGUAUAAACAACACCACAUAGAAUGUUUCUUGUGACUAUGUCUCUUUGUUUUUGUUUGAGUAUAUCUGUAGAAUAUCCUUAAGUGGAAUUGUCAUGACAAAGGGUUUAUAAAUUUUACCAUUGACAUAUAUGUCAAAUUGUGUCAAAUACAUAUGUCAAAUUCCCUCCAACAUUGUUUAAAUGUGCCUUUCUUUGAAUUUCUAUUGUAAUAUCUGUAAGAUUCCUGCUUCUACAGUUGCCGAUUUUUCUUUUUAAUCAACCAGAUUAAAUAUGAUGUGAGAUUAUAAUAAGAAUUAUACUAUUUAAUAAAAAUGAAUUUAUAUUUUUGGUCAUGUUUGUAUGAGAGUGAAUGCACCUAUGAGAACAUUAGCUUAUUCUGAACUCAUUAUAUCUCUACAGAGGUGUUGAUACUUGAUGCCUAACAGUUUUGCAGAUGUGCUACAUUGGAAUCAAGUAUUUUUAGGGUAUACAUUUUAUUGUGCUACAUUUAUUGAAUAAUGAAUGUCUAAUGACCAUAUCAGCAGCAAAAUAUGCACCAUAAAGGACAUGGGGCAUUAUUUAUAAGAUAUGAGCUACAUGACAAGAGAGUGGCCAUGGGAUGGCAUGUCCCUCCCCUCCAUAUUUCUGUAGAGUCAAAUAUUGGCAAUGUGUAAUCAUUUUUAAUAUCAUGAAAUUAUUUUUUAAUUAUAAAAAAUAAGUCUAUUUGCUCCAUAGAAGAAAAAAAAUUAGAAGUUUUUUUGGUCAUGAUAGAAAUUAAAACAAAAUGUAUUCAUUCUUCAAUCAUGCCAUCUGAGACUUUUAAGACAUCUAUUUUCUCUUACAUUUUUCUCCCUCUAGACAUUUCAGUUACUAUGGACUUUAAUCCUUAAAAGGAUUCUUAGUCUAUUUUGGAUAUAAAGCUAAUCUAAUGACACUUGGCACCUGAUAUUUUGAUCAAAACAUUUUGACUUGGCCAAAAAACAGAGUCCAUUAGGUUUCUACAUAUAAAUAUGACCAAGCAAUGUUCAUAAGAAACAUGAUUACACUGUCCUUGAAAUUUAAUAAUUCUUCAUCCAACCCUGGUUGAGCUAAGCCUCAUAGUUAACUUAGGUCCAAGACCAUAUUUUUAAAAAUUACUGAUAAAGUAAGACAGUACUAUACUUACCUCUUAACUUGAUAAUGCCAAAACAGGCAUGUUAACUGACAUCAUAGUAAAGACUUCACGAUAAUUUAUGAAAGUUAAGUAUUGUACAGAAAAUAAUUGUACUAAAAUCUCAACUAUGAGCUGGAACAAGGGUGAACAUUAUAGAUCAUAUAAAAAAAUUAUACAUAUUCUCCAAACCCAUGCUAGACCUGUCAAAUUAGAAAAUCUAGAGAUUAUAUCUGGUAGGUCAGCAAGGUCAUCCAGGAAGCAGAGGCUGAGAUGGAGUUAGGUGCGAUUACUUACAUAGUCAAUUACAUUUUACAAAUCUCAUUUUAUAUGUCUCAUUUACUGUGCUUUCUCCCCACCCCAUUUUGUAUCUUUUCCUUUGCUUUGCUAGAUUUGUUAAUUUUCUCUCUGUCUCUCUCUGUCUUUCAACAUCUCCAGUUACGUGAAAUUUAUUCAUCAUAAAUAUACAUCUAUUGAGUCUAUGCUUCAUUUGCAAACUUCUGAAAAUAGCUUUACUGAGAUAUAAUUGAUAUAUUUAAGUGUACAGUUUGUUAAAUAUUGACACAUUUAAAAUGUAUGGUUUGGUAAAUGUUGACCUAACUUUACAUCUGUAAAGCUAUCAGCAUAAUCAAGGUAAUAAACUUAUCCAUCAUCCUCCAAAA